AUGGUAUGUGAGAUUGUUUCUAUAACUGUUGAGGAUAACAUCAAGAUGCAUAAGGUUAAGGACCAAUAUGGUAGAACAUGGGAUGUUAAGUAUGAUUAUUUGGAUGAAAAGCAGGAAGUUAAGAAAAAGUUGUUCUCCAACUCUUGUCGAUUAGUCCAAAAGUCUGAGGGAAGUAUGGAUCAUUUGUCUUUGUUAUGUGUUGGUCUUGAAGAUUUGGAAGAGCAUAUAUUUGAAAAUUGUGUAAUACCUUCAGUCAUUGAAAAGAAAAAGAUGGUUGAGGAAUUUUAUGGAAUGACAGUACCUGAUGUAAUUGAUGUACAUCCUCCAGACGUUGUUAGAACCAAAGGAUCAGCUAGUGACAGGGUAUCAAAGAGGGAGAGUGCCAUAAAGAAAGCAAAUAAGCCUCUACGACGGUGUGGUAAAUGUCAUGAGAUGGGUCGUCAUGAUUCAAGAAAUUGUGUUAGAUUCAAUGAGAAGGCAGAUUGA